UAUCCUCGAUAUAGUGAAACUGGCUCUCUCUCGCCCGUGGACUAGCUAACACACAUCGUGUUAGUGAACCACGUAAAUCGUGUGUCUGUGUUUUUCGAUUCUCGCUUUCGUAUUCCUGCUUUAUCAUUUCCGGCAAUUUCCCGAUCCGUAGCAGCGCGUUUAUAACCAUACUUGUACUUGUUGGAAAGUUCCUUGUCUAGCUUAUUAUUGAAACAAGUGAGAAUCUUUAGCGUCUCCAACUUUCCAUACUCGUUGGAAACAGGCUUGGUGGAAUUGUUCAGCAAAACAUCAAUUUUGAUCAAACCCAACUAGUGAUUUCUCCGGCUAAUAAAUAAUGGAAGAGAUCUAUAUAUUUUAGAUUAGAGAACGACAGCACGGUUCUUGAAAUUGCACCUCCUAAAUUGUUUUCCGUCAAAUAGAGGGGAGGAUCCCAAUUUUCUGAAUCGAUGAACCAAUUGCACGCAACUCGCAAGCUAGCUACUGUCCGAAGUCUGAUAAAAUGGAGACGAAUCCCUCCGACAAUUGAGCCAUGCAGCUUUCGUCAUAUUUUUUUCUUAACCAAGUCAAGAGUUAAAAAGUCAAUCAUACAUAGGAAAAAAGAAGUGUGCGAGAGUCGACCAAUAAUCGAACCUCCGAUGAAAGGACCUUUUGUGCCACGUAGUGGGCAGCCCUAUUGAGUCGACGAGAAACAAAAUAGAAAGACACUUUGUAAAACGCUGCGAUCAAGCUCCGAACAUUCUCGAGUAUAGCUCCUCCCCGAUCAUGAUUGAGAUCACCGGCCCACCAUUCGCCGAAUUAAUAGUUGAGAGUCCCGAUGAAAAUUAACAAAGAGAAAAGAAUGUGUCAGGCACCAUUGAACCGCAUCUCUUAACGCUAAGCAUUCCAUAAGAAAUGGAUCAUUAAUUCCUUCAUAGCACUUCCCAAAAGAAAAUAGCAUAUUACCUGAUAAUUGGAAGCCAACAAAGCCAAUACUCCCUCCCUGACCUCGUUUGGCACCACCAUCAAACCAAACGUUAAUAGUUUGCGGAGGUAAUUCACCAUAAGCAUUCCCACCACCACCCAAGGGUCGAGCUACAUUGAUGCAAGGCUGGACAUGGGCGCCAUGCUGCUGGGGAGGUGGAUGUUGCUCCACUGCUCGCCAUUCCUCAACUUGUCUCCAAAACUGCCGAAAUACUGCUGGUGGGAGAUACUAGAUAUGGUCAUGAAUCGCCCAACAUCUUCCUUUCCACAUUCGCCAUAUAAGAAAGACAACAUCAGCUAUUUCUAUUAUGGACAGGUUCAUAGAAAAGAAGAGGUGGUUCCAUGCAACAUCGGAUUCAUUCCAGCCAAGGUACUGCGCCUGAUUUCCAGAUUCGCCAUCCGCCAUAGUGCUCUAGCUAUCUUGCAGGAAAAGAAGAAGUGGGAGAAGGACUCUAGCUCCUCCGAACAAAUGGGGCAGGUUGAGUUAGAUACUAAAGUUUUGGAAAACAAAACAGUUUGCAACGGCAAGAAGCCACGAACCGCCCUCCAAAUAGAAUUUUAGUCUGGGUGACACAAGUAAUUUCCAAAGCAGUUUCCAAAAGGGUGAGUCAAAGGGGAGCUGCACCGGUGGGUAUCUCAGGUUGAGUUCUUUUGUCAAUAGCUGGUAUCCUGUUUUCACUGAAUAGAUGUCGGAAGGGGAGUAAUGUCAAAUCAACUUAUCUAUCGAAAACAAGGUUGGCAUUAGAAUAUAAGCUCUACACUUUCCUGAGUAAACAGGGAGUUAAGCAGAGGUUUAUUACAAGAAUGUGUAAUCGAGCAGGUAAGUUCCGAAACUAAUGAAGGACAGGAUUGCAAACCAGUAGGGUUGGGAAUCCGGUUUCAGUUUUCCGGUCAAACCGAAAACCGGCCAGUUUAAACCGCCCCGGUUGUAACCGGAAACCGGAUACAACCCGGUCCAAUCCGGAUUCCGGUUUCUAGUAUUUGGAGAAAUACCGUACCAGGUAUAACCCGGUUAAAACCGAGGAAAACCGAGAAACUCGGACCAGCCCUGCCUUGCACCAAGCCCAGCUUUGAAGCCCAAAUCCCCUCUCAAAAUCUCAGCCCAGCACAAACAAAAGCCCAGAUACACAAAAACCCUAAUCGUCAUGGCCAUCUAGUCCCUCUAUCCCUCACGAUUCUCCUCCAUCUCCUGUCGCCUCGCGACUCCACUCCUCUACUCUCGAAGAAAAAGUCGAUCGGCGGCCGAAAUCGCCGCUCAACCAUCAAAUCAGCCGCCGACUCUCCUCUCCUCCCCGAUGGCACCGAGAUGCCCCUUUUGUUCAUGGGCGCGAUCUCCUCAAGGCGACAGUGACAGCGCAAAGGCGACGGUGAUUUCAGAGCUGAAACAACUCUCGAUCUGGGCCACAAACCAGUGCUGGACCUCUCUCUCACCGGCGAUGCGGCGCAAGCGAGCAAUUGAUCUUUCUUGACCUCCUAUGUUGAGGACUUGAAUGGCGGUGGAGGGAUGGUCGCAUUUCUGCUGCGGCGAGGGAGGUGCGAAGAUGAAAGCGAAGGUGAAGGAUGGAUCGAUGAAAAUCGGAGAUAGGGAUUAGGGGUAUUUUUUUUAGAAGAGAGCGGCGGCGUAGAUUGGGGAAGGGAAUUGAGAUGGUGAGGAGAAUUAGGUUUUCUUUGAGUGUGUGUGACUGUGUGACGGCAGCGUUUUUUGGGAGGGAAUAAAUAGCUCUAGUUUUCCGGUCAAAACGGGACCAAAUCGUAUCUCAUCCAAUCCGGUUUGGUUUAGACCGUGUCCCAAUCCAAUCCCGUCCACGGUUGGGCAUAAGUCCAAUCCGGUCAUAAAAAACCGGGUCAAUUCGGUUCGGUUUAAACCGAACCGGAUUGUUUCCCAGCCCUACAAACUAGGAUUGCCAUCUUAAUCCACGAAUCAACAGGUUCUUCCUUCCAAGACACUAUGCCAAGCCCACGAGGGUCGAUAGUCGCCUGUUGCUUCGAGAAAGGGCAGGUGGGGGUGGUAUCGCGCUCUAUAAAUUUGAGCAAUGAAGCUGGACGGAUUGUAGAGAAGCCUCCAUGCCUGCUUAGCCAAAAGAGCAAUAUUGAAUUAGCUAAAAUCUCGAAACCCAACCCACCCAUAAAUUUACUUUGACAGACUACACUCCAAGAGAUCCAAUGUAUGUCUGUCUCCUUGUCCUGUCCUACCCACCAAAACUUCGACAGCUGCCCAUUACACCUAUGACAGGCCUCGUGCGGAAGUCUAAACGUCGACAUAGCAUAGAUUGGACUUGCAGCUCCAAUCGCUUUGAUAACCACUUCUUUCGCCUCUAGGGACAUGGCCUUAGUCUUCCAGCUUCGAAUUCUAUCAGCCAAGUCCUCCUCAAUUAACUAAAACGACAAGGUCUUAGAGCGUCGAAUCUGGGAUUGAAGUCCCUAAUACCCGUUGGCCACUAUAUAUUUCGUAUUCGGAUAACAAUUGCAAUUAAGUAUCACAUUCAGGGAUAGAUGCUCGGAGGAACAAAUAUCAGUCAUCGACAAAAAAUAAGUGUGAUAUGGGAGGACGUUAAGUUCAUGGAGUGAGGAGCCAGCAAGUGCUUGGCUGAUUUUUGCUGCAAAGGCUUUGGUGCAAAUGGAAAAAAGGAGGGGCGAUAGAGGGUCACCUUGAUGGAUACCUCGUUGCGGUUAAAAUUACCCGUAUUCAGCUCCAUUGAGUAAAACCGAGAACUUAACCGUAGUGAUGCAAGCCUUGAUCCAUUUCAUCCGGUGUUGACAAAAUCCAUUGAUUUCAUAACUUGAAAAAGGAAACUCCAUUCCACACGGUCAUACGCUUUCUCCAUGUCCAGUUUCAGCGCCAUCCAUUUUUCGUUUCCGCGAAUCUUAGUCUUCAAUAACUGCAUAAGUCCUUCUUGCAGGGGUCUUCAGGAUUUGGGCUUCAUUGGCCCUCCCUUCACUUGGUCCAACCGGCAAUCAAAUGGUGACCAUAUACAAUCCCGUUUGGAUCGAUGUUUGGCUAAUCAUCAAGUUAUUUUCUUGUGGCUGGAAUUGCAGGUACUUCACCUCUCUGAUCGAGGCUCAGACCAUAGGAUGUUGCUGGUACGGCUUGUAGAACUAACUGAUCGACGAACUAAGAGAUUCCAUUACAACAACUGGUGGGGAACAAACUCUGAUGUGCCCCCUCUUCUUCACCUGGCGUGGCAAAAAACAGUCAGUGGCACCCCCCUUAUUUAAGGUCCAAUCACAACUAAAACAUGUGAACGGCUAUUUGCCGCCAAUCAAAUUGCUAUUUGCCGCCAACUAAAAAAAAAAAAAAAGAAUUCAAAAUUUGAAUUUUCUAUUCCUUCCCAGUGCCUCCGUCGCCGGUAAAAAAAAAAAAUUUAAUUUUGAAUUUUCCCUUCCUUCCCGGUGCCUCCGUCGCCGGCACCGUUCUUCCGUCGUCGGCUAACCUCCCGUCGCCCUCAAUCGUCAGAAAACAAGUAAGUUUACUUUUUCCGGCCAGUUUUCCAGUUUUCCGGUAAGUUUUCCAGUUUUCCGGCGAAAAACACGGGGGGCUGAAAAAAAAUUGCGGCCCGAACGUCGCCGAGCCGAAAAAAAUUUGUGGCCGGGACGACGGCCGGCCGAAAAAUUCUUUCGGCCCGGCGAGGCCACGGCCGCAAAUUUUUUUCGGCCGGUCGCCGAACACGCCGGCCAAAAAUUUUCCGGCGGCGUGUUCGUCGGCCGGCCGAAAAAAAUUUGCGGCCGGAGCGACGUUGGGCCGAAAGAAUUUUUUUCGGCCGGUCGCCGAACACGCCGGCCAAAAAAUUUCCGGCGGCGUGUUCGUCGGCCGGCCGAAAAAAAUUUGCGGCCGUGGCGUCGCCGGGCCGAAAGAAUUUUUCGGCCGGCCGUCGUCCCGGCCACAAAUUUUUUUCGGCUCGGCGACGUUCGGGCCGCAAUUUUUUUUCGGCCCGCCGUGUUUUUCGCCGGAAAACUGGAAAACUGGCCGGAAAAAGUAAACUUACUUGUUUUCCGACGAUUGAGGGCGACGGGAGGUUAGCCGACGACGGAAGAACGGUGCCGGCGACCGACGAUUGACUUGCCUCGCGCCCGAUCUUCGUCCAAUCGACCCCGAACUCGCUAGAAAUCCAUAAUGAAAUUCAUAAGUUCAU